AUGUCUAGGAAACCAAGAUCUGGAAAAAGCAGCAAUUUGUCGCAAUUUGGACUUAUAGAUAUUCCCGACUUAGACGAUGCAGAACCUAUGGACAUAUCAGAUGAUGAUCUGGAAGCAGAGCUUGCGGCAAUCACUGGUGGUGGUGGUGGAAAGAUGAGAAGACCUAGAAAGCCAGCUCCUGUUGCAUCAGCUGAUUUGGAUGCUAUGAUUGCUGCAAGCUUGAAAGAUGUGCCAUCAGAUGAUGAGGGUUCGGAUGAUGAUGAUCCCGAUUUAUUAAAUGAGCUCCAAGCAUUGGCCUUAGAUGAAUCUCCACCAAAGAUCAGCCGGCCAGCACCUGUACCUCCUGGUGCUAUGAGUGCAGAGAAUAGUACAGUCAGUUUGUUACAAGAUAGGAUAUCAAAUUAUACACUAGCCGAAAAAAAUGCUAAAGAGAUUGGAGAAAGUGGUCGGGCUAGGAGGUUUGCAAGAGGCCUUAAGACACUGAAUGAUUUAUUAAAGCAAGCAAAAUCAGGAAAACCUAUAAAUGAUGAAGAUAUUCCACCACCUGUCAUUGUGGGCAAGAAAACUGAUACCACUCCAACUCUUGUCCCUGAAAAAGUUCCAAUUAGACCAUCAAUCCCAGAAACAAUCCCUUCCAGUGAACCUCCUUUACCUUCAAGAAGAGCUCCAGCUCCACCCCCACGUUCAGAAUCACUUGGACAAAGACCUUCAACACCCCCAGAACCACAAAUUCCACCUCCACAAUUACCAGUGGAACCUGCAAUGGAUCCAGCAAAAGAGGAGGGACUUAGAAAAAUCUUACAACGAAAAGAAGAAUUUAAAGCAGCGGCUCUAGCAAACAAACAUGCUGACAAUAAAGUAAUGGCUCUUGAAUACUUGAAAGUAGCAAAGCAGUUUGACAUUGUAUUAGAUGCGUAUAAAGCAGGCGAAGAAAUGGAUUUGAAUGAACUACCUACUGUUGAAGCGAUUGCUGCUAUGGUUGGAAGUCAGACUACUGAAGAUCAGACACAAGCUGAGGCUGCACCUGAACCAGUGGCUCCACCUCAAGGUCUUAUAACGGCCUCCACAGUCGACGAAGCUUUGAAGCAAAGGCUGGCCGCUUUUCAGGAACAAGAAUCAAAAGCAAAAGAGCAAGGCAAUUCAUCGAAGGCUCGACGUAUGGGGAGAAUAACAAAGCAGUAUCAAGAAGCGAUUAAAUUACACGCUGCAGGAAAAGCUAUAUCCGUAGAUGAAUUACCAACACCGGCUGGGUAUGCUCCAAUACCCACUGAAGGAUCUCAUCAGCCAACUGCUCCGCAACCAUCAUCAUCCAGUCCCAAGGUUCCUGCCAGAAAUUCACCAAAGCAGAUGACUCGAAACGAUAAGCAAUUACUCCUUCUUAUGCACAGGCAAAAAGAGUUCAAGGAAGCGGCACUUAAGGCUAAAAAGAGUGGUAAUUUGGAGCAGGCAAAAGAGUAUCUUAGAGCAGCGAAAGGUUUCGACUCUUUAAUAGAAGCGACUAAAGGAGGCCUUCCAGUUGAUUUGAAGUCUAUUCCACUACCACCUACAGCUAAGAAACAAAUUGAAGAGACUUUCGAUAUAGUAUCCGCUGAAGACUGUGGUCCACCAGACGAUACGGCAAUAUCCCUUGAAGACGAUGACGUCAUGUCCCGUUUGCAUUCACAACUGUCAAAUCAAUUGAAAUUGUGUUUGACAAACCGGGACCAUUAUAAGGCUAUGGGUAAUAUCGCUGAGAGUAACAGAUUUGAGCAUUUGGCUGUCAGUGUCAAACAAGAUUUGGACGUUGUGGCUGUGGCUAAGACCCUCGGAACUCCACCAAAGUUCCACUACGAGAUGCGUCAGUUCGCAAUUGUCCAAUGCAAUACGGACCUAAACGAGAGUGAACUAGAAUUAACGAUAGUUCGUGGGAUCGCUUAUAACGUGCCUAACCCGAGGGAAAUCGAUACUUACGUUAAGUUCGAGUUUCCUUAUCCACAGGAUGCGCCCGUAUCGGACCGUACAGCACUAAUAAAAGAUACAAACAGCCCGCAAUACGACGCCGUAUUCACGUUACCGAUACAAAGGCAAAGGGCGUGUCUCAGGGUGUUUAAACGCCAUGCUGUUAAAUUCGAAGUUUAUUCUAGAGGGUGUUGUGACGGCGUGUUGUGUUGCAGUGGCUGGUUCAGUAAGGACACACUGCUGGGGUCUGCUUCCGUCAAGUUGGCACCGCUUGAGACACAGUGUACUUUGCACGAGGCUUAUCAGUUAAUGGACGGGCGCCGUCCAGCGGGUGGGUCGCUAGAAGUACGUAUGCGUGUACGCACGCCCGUACUACAACAACAAAUAGAACAUACAAAACACAGGUGGCUUGUUAUAAAUAACUAG